UCCACCGCGGCACUGCAUGGCCUCGCCUCGCAGGGGCCCGGCGGCGGCGUAGGUGGCUACUGGCCCGAUGAUAUGAUGGCCAGCUUCUCCCUGCCUCCCUUGGACCUGGAGCCGCUGCCCAGCAUCUUCCCGUUCAGCCCCUGCCCCGCGCCGUCCUUCAAGUCCGAGUACGGGUCGCUCAAGGAGUCCAAGUCCGUCGGGGGCCCCGACGUGACGGACGUGCUGCUGCAGCUCAAGCAUGCCGUGGUGCACCCCGGGCCGCUGUCGCCCUCCAGCUCCUUCUACUCCAGCAGCCCCUACAGCAGCGCGCCCUACAGCACGUCCUACUCCACGCCCUACAGCUCGUCCUACAGCACGCCCUACGCGCCGCUGCAGCAGCCCACGUACUCCGGCCCGUCGGCCAGCCUGUCCUACACCGUGCACCCGCAGAUGAUGUCCUCCUCCCCGAGCAGCGGCUACGGCGGCAGCGCCAGCUUCUGCAGCGGCGCCCCGCUGCACCAGAUGCACCACCAGAUGGAGCCGAGCGUGGGCUCGUCGGGGUCCCUCGCCGGCGGCCCCGGCGGCCUGGCCAGCUCCCUCGGCAGCCCCACGCACAACGUGUUCCCCAGCAUGUCCGUCAACGUGUCCAUGAACAUGACGAUGCACGGCUACCCGCCCAACCGCAACGUCAACAUGAACAUGGACAACCUGGGGCUGCAGCACCACCAGGUGCAAUGGACGGCGGCGCCCGCCCCUCUGUCGCCGGGCUACGGCAGCAACGGCGGCCUGCUCAGCCCGCAGCCCUACCCGUCCGUGCCGGCCGCCACCUACAGCUUCACGGCGGACUUCCGGCCGCCGACGUCCGCGCCGCCGUCGUCCGAGUCGUCCUCGCUGACGCCCUUCAAGCCGGUGCUGGGCAGCCUGGGCGGCCUCAAGCCGCUGAGCGGCAGCAUGCAGGCCGGCUGCGUGGUGCCACCGGUGCACCCGCUGCCCCGGUCGCACGGCCCGCCCAGCCCGGCGUCCAGCGAGGGCAGCAGCGGCGGCGGCUACAAGCGGCCCCACAGCUGCUCCAAGCUGGGCGCCACGUCGCCGACGACGCCGGGCUCGGACGACUCCAGCAGGCCCAACCUGUGCCGCAUCUGCGGCAAGACGUACGCGCGCCCGUCCACGCUCAAGACGCACCUCCGCACGCACUCGGGCGAGAAACCGUACCGCUGCGACGACUGCAACAAGUCCUUCAGCCAGGCCGCCAACCUGACGGCGCACGUCCGCACGCACUCCGGCGAGAAACCGUUCCGGUGCCCCAUCUGCGACCGCCGCUUCUCGCAGAGCUCCUCCGUGACGACGCACAUGCGCACGCACUCCGGCGAGCGGCCCUACCGCUGCCGCCUCUGCAAGAAGGCCUUCUCGGACUCGUCCACGCUCACCAAGCACCUGCGCAUCCACUCGGGCGAAAAGCCCUACCAGUGCAAGCUGUGCCUGCUGCGCUUCUCGCAGUCCGGCAACCUCAACCGCCACAUGCGCGUGCACGGCGGCAGCGGCGUCCCCGGCGGCCCCAACAGCCCCGGCGUCAACGUCGGCGCGCAGCUCAUGAUGAUGCCCGGCGCGUGAAGGCUCAAGGCCGCGUCACCGGGUGGGAAAUGUCAGCGUCAGCGUGAUAAUCACUUUCGGAGUGAUUGUCCGGAAUGGGGCAUCCCUUCGCGGCCCUGCCGCCACGUGAGACGCCGAGGCCACCGAAGGCGGUCGAACUCUAAAACGUGUGUGUGAUUUAGCGUCUCAAAGCCAGCAGCCGUCGCUUAGUUUUUGUUGUUUAUUUCUAUUCUCGCGGGGUUUUCGUACGACCCGAGUGUGCAGUCCGGACGAGGUGGACGGUGACGCCACGAAUCGAUCGGUCGAAGUGCGCGAAGUGGGACGUCGUUAUCACGGCAAUCGCCGCGCUGCCUGGCUGGCCUACCUGCCCUGCCCGCCGCGGGGAAGGACCGCGUCUGGACGCGACGCACUGCAGUGCAAUUAACUCCUUGUUUACCGAACUGGUGCCAAAGAUGAUUUAAUGUUUGUUUCUUUUGCUCUCUUUUGUUUUCUUUUUCUCUCUCUCGCUAUAUGAUCUCAUUAUGCCAGCUACCAAAAUGUAUCAUUUCGUGUAUUAUAUUUAUGCUUACGUUUAGUCACUAUUGUAAAUGAUUGUAUUACACAAGAAAAGACACGACACAAGUGCAAGUACGUAAAAGCG